GAGACCUCAAGCGCGAAGUUCAGCGUCUGUGCGGGUACUCGAGGUUUAGACAGCGACUGCUGCUUCCAGACGGCCAGAUCCUGCCGGACGAGGCUGCGCUGAACGAGCCGGCGGACGUCCAGCUGGUCUUUUUACCCUUCAGCAGGAGCUCUGGGCAGCAAGUCGAAGAACUCUGGGAUGCUGUAGAGCGGAAGGACAUGCACAUGAUGGAAGAGCUCCUGCAACGACCACAAGAUCCAGACCUGGAAGUGGGGGGUAGGACCCCUUUUGUCUUACGCAGCUUCCCGUGGUCUCAUAAGAGUUCUCCAUCUGUUGCUGGAAGCGUGCGCAGACAUUGA